AUGGAGGCCAACGAGGUGCCCUAUGUCAUCAAAAUCUGCAGCAAGAUGGAUCCGGAAUCCUUGGAGGUGCAGAACCGCACGCGGGCCCUUUGGAAGAAAAGGAAAGCCAUCGGGGACGGCGCUGCUGAGGAGGAGCCGGCCUUGGCGGAUGCGGCUGGAAGUGCAGAGGAUGUGCUUGCCGAGCCCGCUGAUGCCCUUCCCUUAAUGGAUGCCCCGCCGGUUGAUGCAGCAAAGGAUUUCCCGCCAGUCCAGGAUGCGCAGGACUAUGUGAUGCCCGAGGCCUUCAGCCCGCAAGCAUCGGAUCAUGAAGACAUUGAUGGCCCAGUGGCUUCGAGCAGCCGUGGCGAGGCUUUGGAGACCGUCAAUGAGAGAUUCGACAGGCUCUCCAAGCUUUACGGCCAUGCUGCAGCCCUCAUGCUCUGUGGUGCGGUACAGGAAGGUGUCCAUUACGAUCCGCAUGAGGGCCGCUGGAAGACAUUGAAUGGUUUGGUGUGCCCUUACGAGCCUUCGGCAAGUGUGGCUGAGACACCCGAGGGCGCCGCUGAGGAUUCGCAUGCAGGCUCCGCAUCUGUGGAUCAGGUCAAACAGUGCCUUCUAGCGGAGCUGCAGGUGAAGCGGGAGAGGAUCAUGGCUGGUGCGAUGCCAGAUAUUGUGGAUACCUGUCCGAUGCUUCCGGAUGAUGCGAGCCUGGACAAAGCGCGGCUGUUCAAUGGUUCCUCCUGUGAGGCCUUCCCCUGCAACAUCAGCAUCGAGGAUACGCCAGAGCACAGCAAGCCGAUCCUUGCCUUAAUCAAGCAUCUUGAUAUAACUGCAUCAGAAGCACAAAUAAAUGUGUAUCAUGUGCAGUGCCAGUUCUUGAUCAAUGCUGAAUAG